CGUCAUCGCGAGUGGUGGGUGGGUCUUGUAUUUCGGUCCCAUUCGCAUCGGAAGCAGCUCCGCUCGCAACCGUUUCGAGACCGCCAUCGGGUGUCUCUGGGUUCCGUCUCCUUCGCCGCCCCCCUCUCUCGUCUUCUUCUCCGCAAGAGCAGAACCAGGAAGAAGAUGGCGGCGAUCACGAGCGCACUCAUAGCGAUCGCGGGGGUGGUGCUGGGUUGGAUCGCCAUCGAGAUCGCCUGCAAGCCUUGCCUCGAGCGGGGCCGGGAAGCCAUCGACCGGUCCCUCGACCCCGAUUACGACCCGGACGACGACCGCCGCGGCAAUGUCCGCGCCCCUCUGAUCGUCCCCGGCCCGAGCCCCGACCCCGUAGAUUCAGAUCCGAAGCCCAUCGACGACGACGACGACGACGCUCCCUCCGUCCCUUCCAAGAUCGCGUGAUCAAAUGCGCUCCCUGCUCUUCCGGGUGGUUCGAACAAUUGGUCCGAUCCGUGAUUGUUUUUUCUGCUCCGGCUGUCAUUUUGUCGUUUGGGUUUUGUAAUCUCUCUGCAAGUUGAAAGGAAGGAAGAGGAUGAUGGGAGGUUGUGCGUUUGCUCUUUUGCUUUCGGAUUUUGGCUUUGCUUGUUUAUUUAUUUAUUUGUUUGAUUAUUAUGAUGGUGAAAUGUCAAAUGAAAA